CCCAGGACAAUACUGACGAAGACGAACGGUAGAGCGCAGCUAUCGGCUUUUCAGUAAGUCUCGAGCCACGCUGCCUUGUGGUAUACUUAUCGCUGUAUGGAGGGUCCGAUGCAGCAUGCCAUCAUCAUUGGGCACGGUGAGGACCUUCGAAGCAAAUGCACGAUCCACGAGCAGGUCCUGUGCAAACACAGCCCAAAGAUGAAAUUCUUCUCAACCAGAGCCGAACCGCUGCGAGAGGCUCACGCCAAGUGCGACGAGUAUCUGGAGCAUAUCGAGUCCAUCAUCAUGGCGCCAUCUUCUCUAGAGCAAUGCGAGGCAGAGAAACUCGAGGCCAAGCUACUGCCAAUUAUCAUGAUAUGUACAAACAAUGCCCUCUGAAGGAGUACGAGCCAGUCCUCGAAAGUGCUAUCACAUCCAUCUUGAACACACAGUUCAGCAACAGGAACUUCAGACCGCCAGCGGAGAAGCCGAAGAACCUGAAAGGUUUUCAAGAUAUGAGCCUGAAUCAGCGCUUGCAUCUCCUCAAUGCCGAGGGCCUUUUCGAGGUCGCGCAAGAGAUAGGUGCGCAGUUUUCGAGGUUCAAGGCCGCAGAGAGACAAAAGGCCAAGGCCAGCGUCAACAAAGCUUGGGCGCAGGGCAGACUCAUCCUUUGUGAUGCUACUCGGAAGAGCGUCCUGUCUCUUGUUGAAUGGGCCUACGAUGACGAUCUUCAUUACAACGAUGCGGAGCAUCUCUACGCCAUCUGGGCGCUUGCCACACGUCUCCAGUUUGGCGUACUUGCCGAGGAGUGUAUGAACCGACUCUACAACUCCGCCUCCACAACUCCGCCUCCGCGGGCCUCUGCAACGCCGUCUCGGACGGUGUCCCUCUUCGAUCUCUUCUCGGGCUGUCCAAUGAGCAGAACACGGUGGAGGUCGCAACCCGAUCGGACAACGCUGUGGUCACUGUGUUCGGCCACGUUCUCAGGGACGAGAAGCCGCCCGAAAAGCCGACAGAGCCCGUCAUCAGCACUUUGGCCAGGGAUAUGGACUCGGAGCUCUGGGUUCAACUUCAACCGAUGGUCAAACUGGACACGGCCCACAAGCGGACAAGUUCACGAUAGCUUGCCGAGGCGUGAAGGUCGAGGGGAGCUUGAACGAUGCCAGCCUCAUCAAGCGUGAGGGCGCACAGGAAGGUAAUGAUGCCCAGCCCGACCCAGCCGAAGCGCAGCGGCAACCCGACCUGACCAGCUGAGUUGUCGUCUCUCCGCGGGCCCACCCUCUGCACAGGUAGGCACUAUUAGCACAUAUCGCGAGAACAACGACGUGCACAUUGCGGGUCUGUACCUUUUAUUUUCCAGGCUUUCGAAC